CCUCCUCUACUUCCUAGUGGGACUGCUUUCUUUUCACUCUCAGACUCACAGCUGAUUCCCAAAAUGUGGCCGCUGUUGCUGCUGUUUGGCCUCUUCCAGCCUUUGCUGGGCUAUCAGAUUGACUGGAACAAGAUAGAGAAUUUGGCUAAGGCAAAAGUAGAGACAUGUGGUGGAUGACAGCUGAACAGACUUAAAGAGGUGAAGGCCUUCGUCCAGGAGGACAUCCCUCUUUACCACAACCUCGAGAUGAAGCAUAUACCUGGUGCUGAUCCAGAACUAGUACUACUUUCCUCUAGAUAUGAAGAAAUAGACAGAGUUGGACUUAGCAACAUGAGGCGAAAGGAAAUCAACCAGUUACUGAAGGAUCUGGGGUUUUACAAGAAGGAAAGCCCAGAUUCCCCUGUCCCCCCAGAAUUCCAAAUGGCACCAGCAAGACAUAAGACACUGGACGGUGAUGAAGGGAAAACAGCAGCAGAUACUAAGGAGGAGUUGUAGGAGCUUUGCACCAUAGUUGUCUGCUUUUCCAUGUCUGUCAAGUAAAUACAUUAGAGACCAAGUUUAAAUAAAGUUGAAGUGAAGUAGAAAUGCAAAGUAAAGCACUAGUAAACUCAACAGUGUAAUGUACUGCACUUACUGAACAACCCAACUUGCCAUCUUUCCAGUUGUCUCUUUUAAGGCCAAUAUGCAAGUGAUUCUACAAUAAAAUAGGUUUGGCUUUGAUGAAAGUCAGAUUGGCAAUAAACUGGUGGUCUCUGCUAGCAGCAUCUGGAAAGAUGACAAGCUUGGGUUAUUGAAUGUACCACUAUAGUCUUACAAGUGAGGUCACUGGAUAAGAUAUACGUUAGGAUACAGCAAGGAGGAAGGCAUUGUAACGUAGUUUGGGAUCAGCUUAGUUAAUGUUUUUGGAUGAUAUAUUGGCUCUCUGAAUUCUGAUCACCUCCAUUUCAAGGACAUGAAUGAAGUUCUCAGCUGCAAGUGUCCUGGUUGGGAACAGAUGUAAACCGUCCUGAUGUGUGGUGUUUGGGUUCUUACUUUACAUCUUGAGAGAGCACUGACUUUUAUAAUAAAACUAUUAAACUGUG